AUGGCAAGCUUAGUUAUUGCAACUGUUCCCAACCUUACCAUCGAUCAAUCUGCUCUUCUUGCCUUAAAAGCUCAAAUUUCUUAUGACCCUUACAAUGUUUUGACAAACAACUGGUCCACCAACUUCUCUAUUUGCAACUGGGUCGGUAUCACUUGUGGUUCCAACCAUCAUCGAGUCAUCGCAUUAAACCUUUCUUACAUGGAUCUUGUAGGCACCAUUCCUCCACAUUUGGGAAACCUUUCAUUUCUUUCUAGUCUAAACAUUGAAAACAACAGUUUUCAUGGCUCUAUUCCAAACGAGUUGUCUCAUCUCUACCAGUUGAAAAUAAUUGAUCUUAGUCAUAACCAACUUUCGGGCUCCAUUCCAUCCUCAAUCUUCAACAUAUACAGCUUGAAACAUAUUUAUCUCUAUGACAACAUGCUUUCUGGUCUGAUGCCGUCCAUUAUUUCCAACAUUUCAUCAUUGCAAGUCAUUCACCUAGAAGCUAAUAAGCUUUAUGGUAAUAUUCCACACAGUUUGUUCAAGUGCAAACAACUGCAAUAUUUAUCAUUAGCGAAUAAUAAUUUAAGUGGAAGUGUACCUUUGGAAAUUGGGGACUUAACCAUGCUCAGAGAUUUAUACCUUUACAACAACGUCUUUGGAAGUACUAUUCCACCCACUUUGUUCAAGUGCAAACAACUGCAAAUUUUAUCUUUGUGGAAUAAUAAAUUUACGGGAAGAGUACCUCAAGGAAUUAAAAACUUAACCAUGCUCAUAGCGUUAGGCCUUUCUCACAACAACUUUGGAGGUGCAAUACCAAGUGAAAUUGGAAAUCUACAAAGCAUUAAGCUCUUUGAUGUCAGUUUCAACAACUUUAUUGGUCCAAUUCCAUUUGAGAUAUUUAACAUCUCAACAGUACAAGUAAUUUCAAUGGUUUGCAAUAACUUCUCAGGCCAUCUUCCAUCAAAUGUAGGCCUCUUCCUUCCAAAUCUCCAGCAACUUAUUCUUUGGGAAAAUCAACUAAGUGGAGCAAUUCCUAGCUCUAUCUCUAAUGUUUCACAAGUCACUCUGUUAGAUUUGAGUGACAACUCAUUUUCAGGCUUAAUUCCUAAAGCACUUGGUAAUUUAAGGUUCCUUACAGGGCUUGGCGUAGCAAACAAUAAUUUGACCAUUGAAUCUUCUACUCCAGAGUUCAACUUUUUCUCUUCUUUGUCAAAUUUGACAUAUCUAAAACAGUUACAGUUGUCAGGUAAUCUACUGAAUAACAUCCUUUCUGAUUCCAUUGGAAAUCUCCCAACUUCUCUUGAAGAACUUUACAUAGAUCAUUGCAAUAUUAAGGGCAACAUUCCAAGAGAUAUAGGCAAUUUAAGCAACUUGAUGACUUUGUCUCUACAGUUUAAUGAAUUGACUGGACCUAUUCCAACUACUGUGGGAAAAUUGCACAAGCUUCAAGGAUUGAGAGUUGAUAAUAAUAGACUAGAAGGUCUCAUCCCAUUUGAUCUUUGUCAUUUAGAGAGCUUGUUUGAGUUGAAUUUAGGUCAUAAUGAGCUUUCUGGACCUAUUCCUACAUGUGUAAAUAAUCUAACUUUUCUAAGAUAUCUUUAUUUACACUUCAACGAAUUAACAUCUGAGAUUCCCUUGAGUUUGUGGAGCCUCUCUUAUAUCUUAAAGGUCGACUUGUCAUCAAAUUCUCUAAAUGGCUCUCUCUCAUUAGAGAUUAGAAAUUUGAAGGUGUUGAUGGAAUUGGAGUUAUCAAGAAAUCAACUAUCUGGUGAUAUCCCAACAACAAUUGGUGACCUCAACGAUUUAGUUAAUCUUUCAUUGGCGGACAAUAGAUUAGAAGGCUCAAUUCCUGAAUCUUUUAGUAAAUUGAUAAGUUUGGAAUUCUUGGAUCUUUCCAUUAACAAUUUAUCUGGAGAGAUUCCUAAGUCCUUAGAAGGACUUUCACAACUCAAGUAUCUAAAUGUCUCUUCAAAUAGACUGGAAGGAAAAAUUCCUGUAGGAGGACCAUUUGUAUACUUCUUUGCUGCAUCAUUUAUGUCAAAUGAUGGACUUUGUGGUGCUCCUCGAUUGCAAGUUCCCCCAUGUAAAGAAGGUGCUUCUCGACCCAAAAAUACCGCAGUAGCAUCUAUACUAAAGUAUGUAUUACCAACAAUUGGGUUAACAAUGCUUGUAGUUGCUUUUGUAUUAGAAUGGACAAGACGCCAAAAAAGGAAUGCAAAACUUCUGGUGGAGACAAACUCACCACAACUAGCGACAUGGAAAAGAAUUUCCCAACAAGAACUUUUUCAAGCAACAAAAGGGUUCAAUGCAAGCAACUUACUUGGUAAAGGGAGCUUUGGAUUAGUAUACCAAGGGACCCUUUCAGAUGGUAUGAUUGUUGCAAUAAAAGUUUUCAACUUGGUAGUAGAAGGGGCAUUCAAAAGUUUUGAAACUGAGUGUGGGGUACUACGCAACAUUCGUCAUCGGAAUCUUAUUAAAAUCAUCAGCACGUGUAGUAACAAUGACUUCAAAGCUUUUGUAUUGGAAUACAUGCCUAAUGGGAGCCUACAAAAGUGGUUGUAUUCUCAAGACUGUUGUUUGAGUAUCUUACAAAGACUAAAUAUAAUGAUUGAUGUCGCAUCAGCACUAGAAUACCUUCAUUAUGGUUAUUCAACACCUAUUGUUCAUUGUGAUCUGAAGCCUAGCAAUAUCUUAUUAGAUGAAGAUAUGGUCUCACAUGUUGCUGAUUUUGGAAUUGUCAAACUGUUAGGUGACAAAGAUUCUAUGAUGCAAACCAUGACUCUUGCUACUAUUGGGUAUAUGGCACCAGAGUAUGGAUUGGAAGGAAUUGUUUCAACAAGUGGCGAUGUGUAUAGUUAUGGUAUUUUGCUUAUGGAAACUUUCACAAGAAAGAAACCUACUGAUGACAUGUUUGGUGGAGAAAUGAGCUUGAAGCGUUGGGUAGAGGAAUCUUUACCCUUUUCAGUAACUAACGUUGUUGAUGCCUAUUUGUUGAGAACUGAAAAAGAUUAUGCUUCUAUGGAGAAUUGUAUGUCAUCCAUAAUGAGAUUGGCGUUGCAGUGUUGUGAUGAGUUACAUGAGCAGAGGAUUAAUGCAAAAAGGAUUUUAAUCACACUCAACAAGAUCAAAUUGAAUUUUCUACAAGAUAUUGAUGGAAGCUAA